AUGCCAACACCAAAUAAGGAAAAAUGGAUAAACAUUGCUGAGAAAUUCUACAAAGAAGCGAAUUUUCCUAAUUGUGUUGGCGCCAUUGAUGGCAAACAUAUUAGAAUUACUUGCCCUCCGAAUGCUGGAUCCAAAUAUUAUAAUUAUAAAAAAUAUCAUUCGAUUAUUUUAUUGGCAGUGGUUGACGCAGACUACUGUUUUACAUUCAUUGACGUUGGUGCUCCAGGUCGAGAAGGUGAUGCUGCGUUCGGUUUAAAUAAAAAUGUUAUGAGACCAUUUUCUUUACGAAACAUAACAACGCCUAAGAAAAUUUAUAAUUAUCGACUGUCUAGAGCUCGCCGCUUUGUGGAAGAAUGUGCAUUUGGUAUCCUCAGUAACAAGUGGCGAAUUUUUCAUUCAAGUAUCAUGAUCAAUCCACUGAGUGCCAAACACAUUAUAAAAGCAGCUUGUGUAUUACACAACUUCGUAAGACGCAGAGAUGGUUAUCAAUUUGAAGAUACGAUUCGAUGUGAUAUGGAAGAAUUCGAUGGAGUCCAGGCAGUUGGAGGCCGAUCUAGUGGCAUUGCAGUAAGAGUUUCAUUUGUUGAAUACUUCAAUGGCCCUGGAGCCGUUCCUUGGCAAAACAGGAUGAUUCAUUAA